AUGACUAGGGACAUUAAAAAUCAUUUACUUUUCGAAGUGGCCACAGAAGUGGCACACAAGGUUGGAGGGAUCUAUUCGGUGUUGAAAUCGAAGGCUCCUAUCACCGUUGCGGAAUAUAGAGAACGGUACACGUUGAUCGGGCCAUUGAACUAUAAUUCUGCCCAAAUUGAAGUGGAAGAAUUGCCAGUCAAGGAUCCAUUGGUCAUGAAGGCAUUGGAUUCUAUGAGUGAGAGGGGAAUCAGAUGGUUAUACGGACGUUGGUUGAUCGAAGGGGCACCUAGAGUGUUAUUAUUCGAUAUCCAUUCGGCAGGAAACCAUCUUAAUGAGUGGAAGGCAGACUUGUGGAAUAUUGCGGGCAUUCCAAUUCCAGAUCACGACCAAGAGAGUAACGAAGCUAUCUUAUUGGGGUACUUAGUCGCUUGGUUCUUAGGAGAAUUAGUUUUCCACGAUCGUGAAAGGGCUGUUAUUUGUCAUUGUCACGAAUGGUUGGCGGGUAUUGCCUUGCCAUUGUGUCGUAAGAGAAGAAUUGAUGUCACUACAGUUUUCACUACACAUGCUACUUUGCUCGGAAGAUACUUAUGUGCUGGAUCUACCGAUUUCUAUAACAAUUUAGCGAAUUUCGAUGUGGAUGCCGAAGCGGGAAAGAGAGGUAUUUACCAUCGUUAUUGUAUUGAAAGGUCAGCGACACACUCGGCAGAUGUUUUCACGACCGUUUCUCAUAUCACAGCUUUUGAGUCCGAACAUUUGUUGAAGAGAAAGCCCGAUGGGGUCUUACCAAACGGGUUGAAUGUGGUCAAGUUCCAAGCAGUUCAUGAAUUCCAAAACUUGCAUGCCUUGAAGAAAGAAAAAAUCAAUGAAUUCGUCAAAGGUCACUUUUAUGGAAAUUACGAUUUCGAUUUGGACAAUACUUUAUACUUCUUUAUUGCUGGUAGAUACGAAUUUAGAAAUAAGGGAUGUGAUUUUUUCAUUGAAGCUUUAGCUAGAUUGAAUCAUAGAUUGAAGGAAGCAGGCUCAAAAAUGACCAUUGUCGCCUUUAUUAUCAUGCCUGGUAAAACCAAUUCUUACACUGUUGAAACUUUGAAAGGUCAAGCUGUUAUCAAGCAAUUGGAAGGCACUAUCGAAGAAGUACAAAAGAAGGUCGGUGAAAGAUUGUUUGAACAUUGUGCUAGAUUCCCAAAUAAUCAUUCGACCACAACUACCAAUGGAAAUGAGGUUCCAUCUAUUGAUGAUUUAAUUAAACCUGCUGAUAGAGUUUUAUUAAAGAGGAGAAUCUUUGCUUUGAAAAGAGAUGGCUUACCACCAAUUGUCACCCACAACAUGACCGACGAUUCCACUGAUCCUGUGUUAAACCAUAUUAGAAGGGUUCAAUUGUUUAACAAACCGGAUGAUAGAGUUAAAAUCAUUUUCCACCCAGAGUUUUUGAAUGCUAAUAAUCCUAUUUUAUCAUUAGAUUACGAUGAAUUUGUUAGAGGUUGUCAUUUAGGUGUUUUCCCAUCAUAUUACGAGCCUUGGGGCUAUACUCCCGCCGAGUGUACCGUUAUGGGUGUUCCUUCUAUCACUACUAACUUGUCAGGGUUCGGAUGUUAUAUGGAAGACCUUAUUGAAAAUACUUCUGACUACGGUAUUUACAUAGUUGAUAGAAGAAUGAAGGCAGUCGAUGAAUCCAUCAACCAAUUGACUGAUUACAUGUUCGACUUUGCCGAAAAAACAAGAAGACAAAGAAUUAACCAAAGAAAUAGAACUGAAAGAUUAUCAGACUUAUUAGAUUGGAAGAGAAUGGGUUUGGAGUACAUUAAGGCCAGACAAUUGUCUUUGAAGAGGGCUUAUCCUGAUAAGUUUAAGAAUGGAGCUAAUCCUUUCAACAAUACUUCUAACUUAAAAUUAACCAGACCAUUAUCUGUUCCAGGUUCACCAAGAAGUAAAGCCGGUCUCAUGACUCCUGGCGAUUUGGGCUCUUUACAAGAAGCUCAUCAAUCUUUAAAUACAGAUGACUAUAUUGGAUUUAGAUUAGGUGAAAAUGAAGAAGACGAUGACACUGAGGAUGCUAGUGUUUAUCCGUUAACUUUGAGAGGUAAUUCAGUUCCACUUACUGAUGACGCUACCUAA